AUGUUCAGCGCCACUUUGGUUGUCCAAUGCUCCUUUUUGAGAUGGAUUCUUCUAUCCAUAGUCGCUGCUCUAGCGUGCACUCCGGCGACUUCGGUAUCGAUGAAGGUCGCUCACAGCACGCAAAACACCAUCGCGCGGGAUUUGGACUUCGCUCUCCAGCGAUUCUUGAGGUCUGAGGAUAUCAAAAGACCGGGGGAGGAAAUCGGCAAUUUGGAAGAGAGGGCGCCGGCGAUAAUUGCCUCGGAAACGCCACUGAUAAGAAAAUUCGUCCAGAAUAUUAAGCUUCGAUUGGGAAAGCAGUCUCCAGGCGACGCGUUUAAAACUCUUGAGCUGGACCACCUGGGUACAAACUUGUUUAAAAGUCCCGAUUUUUCCAAAUGGGUGAAAUUUGUCACAAAAGGAAACAAGAACGAUCCAGAUAUGGCAAUUUACACAACACUGGCAGCUCGCUACCCCGACGAAACAUUAGUGACGAUGUUAGCUGCAGCUAAGAAAAUCGACAGCACCAAAGAUAUUGCCAUGAAACUGGAGGGGGCACAGGUUAUGAAUUGGAUCGCUAAGAAAAGAAGUCCCGACGACGUUUUCAAGAUUCUGGCCCUUGAUCAAAUAGGAGAAAUGGGUAUAACGAGCCAUGCGUUCUCGAGGUGGACUGACUUCAUCGGUAAAGCGAGCACGGAGAAACUGGAAGUGGUCGUUUACAAAUCAUUGAGAGCACGUUACAGUGACCAAGCGUUGGCAAAGAUGAUAGCUGCAGCUAACGAAGUUGGCAGCACCAAAGCUCUAGCUACAAAAUUGGAGGGGGUCCAGCAAACGAGGUGGAAGGACUCGCAUGCUUCGGUAGACUACGUGUUCAAGACCGUAAAGCUCGAUGAGACUCGUACAAAAAUAUUCGAGAGUCCGCUUCUAAGCGCCUGGACAAACUACGUAGCCAGCAUCCAACCCGACAACCCGAAUGGUAUAAUACUCGCGAAGCUGAGCUCACAGUUCAAAGGGUUUUCAACGCUUCCGAAGAUGAUUGAAGCGGCGACCAAGGUCUCAAGCACGAAGAAGCUGGCAAACGAACUACGGUCUGUGCAGUUUAAGAAUUGGUUGACGCAGGGGCUAACCCCCAAAAAGGUAACCAAAGAUUUAGGUGUAACCAACACCAACGGUUUGGACAAGAAGCUCUCGAAUGAUUACAGAAAAUUCUAUCGGAAGGCCAUAACGAAAGCGAUGAAUUGA